AUGCACACGAGAUCUCAGGGUACACCGCCUUUCGGAUUACUCUGUUAUCAAAGAAGGAAAGGGUUAGGAAGUUCAGCCGGGUUUGAAAUUCAACAGGAUUCGCCGAGUCCAAUCAGAGAUAACCCAUUGUUUGAGAGUAGUGACAGUGAUCUAGAAGCUGAGUCGAUGGCCGACAAUAAUAACAACAACGCUGUCCCACCACCUGGAGGAAGGUUCGGUGACACUCUUAGGUCGGGAGUCGACUUCCUAGGAGAGUUCGCCUACGCGAAUGACAACGUGAACAUUCCUCCUCAUUACAUUAGCUUGGUGAACGGGGGAAAUCUCUUCCAUGGGCGAGACGAUGAGGAUCCAAUGAGCCACCUCAACGCGUUCUACGAAUUGACGAACUCUCAUCGACCCCCGAAUGUGGACCAUCAUCAGAUUAAGAGGGCCUUAUUCCCUUUCUCACUGAGGGAUAAAGCACGGGCGUGGUAUGAUUCUAUUCCGGGAUACAACAUAGCCACAUUCCAAGAGUUGAAGAUGUUGUUCCUCUUGGAAUAUAACUCUCCGAUGAAGAUUGAGAAGUUGAGAGAGGAGAUCACUACCUUCCGACAGAAAUAUGAUGAGUCUUUUGCGGAAGCGUGGAAGAGGUUCACUGAAUUGCUUAGGAAAUGCCCGAGCCAUGGUCUUGCUCCAGGGCAUGAGCUACUCAAGUUCUACAAGGGACUCAAUAAUGAAGGCACGGGCUUGGUGACUGCAGGCUCUAAUGGGAACUUGGACGACUUAACUCACGAGGAAGUGAGAGCCCUGUUCCAAAGGUUGGCGAACAACCAAAGGAAUUGGCAUAGUCCGAGAAGAGCGGCAGAUAAGAUGGGAGACACGUUUGGUGCUACCAAGGAUACAGAGAAAGUGACGGCAAUUGAGGCUCAGUUGGCAGAGAUAAGCACUCAAAUGAACAUGAUGGCUAAAGCAAUGAAAUCUUGUCAAUUGACUCCUCAACCUCAAGCCGUUGCUGAUGGUCAGCCAGUGGAGGACGUGAACUACAUUGGCAACAAUCGUCAAGGGUUCAACCAAACCAAUCAGUACGGUAAUCAACAGAACUGGAGGCCUCAACAAGCGAACUGGAAUCAAUCGGGUACUAGUAAUCCUUCGGGUUCUCAAUGGCGUAAUAAUACCCAACCUCCGGGUUUUGAGAAGAAACUUUCUAUGGACGAACAAAUUGGACAAAUUUUCGCUUUUAUGACUAAGAGUCAAAAGGAGAAUGACUACUUCAAAGAAAAGACCGUGGAAAAGUUUGAGCAGUUAGAAGCUACAAUGAGGAAUCUUGAGACUCAAAUUGGGCAGAUUGCUACAGCAUCUCACACAAGAAUUCCUAAUGCUAUCCCGAGUGAUACGGUGCCCAAUCCUAAAGGUUUUGAACAGUGCAAGGCAGUUAAGUUAAGAAGUGGAAAGGAUCUUGAGUCUCCAAUCAUGCUAGAUGCACAAAAUGGCUCGAACAUCUUGCACGCAGGGGCGGACAAGUUGUUUGGCUCACAAACCUCGCACGCAGGGGCGGACAAGGGGAUUGAGUGGGCUACUACCGAAGCUAGGGAAUGUCAACAAGAAAAAGAAGAGUCAACCAUGAGUGAUAUCCACAAGAAGAAUCCACUAAGUCCGGCAAUGGACCCGAAGUGUCCAUUUAAUUUUCCAGAUUUUACCCCGACACCACCUUUCCCAGUCGAGAAUAAGAAGAAGGGUAGGAAAAUAAUUCAAGAGAAAGGACUCGAUUGGAUGAUGAACAUUAUCAGGAAAGUUAAUGUAGAUGUGUCCCUGGUGGAUUUGUUCCUACACUUUCCUAAAUUCUCCAAGUUUUUUAAGGAUCUUAUUGCGAAAAAGGAGAAGAUACAAGACGAUGGUGUGGUGAUAUUGAGCGCAUUUUGCUCACAAUUUGUGAAGGGAAAGAUGCCGGCAAAGAGAAGAGACCCUGGAAGCUGUGUGAUCCCAUGUGAAAUGGGAGAUAAGAAGUUCCCAAAGUGCCUACUUGAUCAAGGCUCGGGAAUAUCAUUGAUGGCUCUGAAAACCGCACGGUCAAUCGGUCUAGAAGCGAGGAUUGAACCAAUCAACAUUGACCUACAAUUGGCGGAUCAUUCAAUUGUGAAACCAAAAGGUAUCAUCGAGGAUGUCUUGGUGAAGGUUGAUAGAUUUGUACUCCCGGUUGACUUCAUUGUCCUAGAGAUGGAAGAGGACAAGGAUAUGCCUAUCCUCUUUGGUAGGCCAUUUUUAGCAACCGGUGAUGUUGUAAUAGAGACCAAGACAAAUACGGUCAUGUUUCGAGUAGAUGGAGAGAAUGUGGUGAUCAAGCAAAAGAAGGCGGGGAAGCGCCUAUUGGAGCCUGGAUAA